CUCCCUCACCAAGAAAACCAUCCAGUGGUGACACCUCAGUGGUUGUCUCAGGAUUUUAUGCCUUGUAUGCCCAAAGGAACUACCUUUUGCACCAUUUCUAUUAGCCUCGUCCACUUGGCAGACCAUCAUAUAGGUGAAAAGGUCGGAGGGCCCUUCUCUCAGUCGGUGUGCAGCUCAAGGCUCUCUAAAGAUGACAACCAAAUCCAACAGCAGUGUUCUGGGUGGCAAGGCGUCGUCCUCCCCUCUUCUGUCCUCACCAAACCGUCAACGUUUGGUCACUAAAGAUGGACAUUGCACCCUCCGCCUUCCUCUGUGUCCCUCUGGGUCAUGGCUUGGAACGUCAAGCCGGGCCUGGCUGCUCGCCCUGCAUGACAUGUGGGGACAGUUAGUGGGUCUGCGCUGGAGAUGGGUUCUGUUGGCCUUCUGUGCAUCAUUUGUGGCUCACUGGCUGCUGUUUGCUUGCUUGUGGUACUUGCUAGCCCAUAUCAAUGGAGACCUGGAUGUGCUGGAUCAUGACUCCCCGCCACAGGGGCACGUGGUUUGUGUGAAGCACAUUACCAGCUUCACCGCUGCCUUUUCCUUUUCCCUUGAGACCCAGCUCACCAUCGGCUAUGGCACCAUGUUCCCAAGUGGUGACUGUCCAAGUGCCAUAGCUCUGCUGGCUGUGCAGAUGCUGCUGGGGCUCAUGCUGGAGGCUUUCAUCACAGGUGCAUUUGUGGCCAAGAUUUCCUGUCCUCAAAAGCGAGCCGGAGCCAUCCAGUUCAGUACCCAGGCCGUGGUGGGCCAACACCAGGGUCAAACUUGCCUCAUGCUAAGAGCCACAAACCUUCUGAGGCGCCCUCUGGUGGAUGUGAAGGUGAGUGCUGUGCUCUAUGAGGAGCAUGAAGGCCAAGCCCUGCAUCAGACCUCUGUGGACUUCUUCAUGGAUCAUCUUGGCCAACAGCCUUGUCCCUUCUUUAUCUUCCCACUCACAUUUUUCCAUCCCCUGGACCGCCGAAGCCCCCUCUACCCCGCUCUGCAUGAGGACACGUCCAGUCAGUUUGAGCUGGUGGUGUUCCUGUCGGCCUCGCAGGAGGGAACAGGUGACACCUGUCAGAAGAGGACCUCCUACCUUCGCCAGGAAAUCCAGUUUGACCGUCGCUUUGUGCCUGCAUUAGGUCUCGAUGCCCACGGGAGGUACGUGAUGAGCAACCAUCACUUUGACACAACACACUCGAAGGAACCUUUGGACAAGGACUGUGUUGUGCAGAUCAACGGUGACGGUAGUGACCGGAUGGAGUGAAAAUAUUGGUUCUACUGGGACAACAAGAGAUAUUUGGUCAAUCAUUUUUGCAUUGUGAAAUACAGUAUGUCAGUCUUUCUUAAGGGACUGUUCAUUUUCAUGGUUUAACUCAAUAAAGCCAAAAAGGUGAUACAUUGUCAUAUCAAGUUCACCUAUUGAGUAACAUAAACAUAUACACUACUCACAAAAAGUUAGAGCUUCAUAAUGAUAAAAAAAAAAAAGUAUUUACCAUAAUUGUGUGAUUGCUGAAGAGCCUUCUUGUGUAUCCAUUUUUUCCCCCUCAAUUUCUUCCACUUUUCUUAAUAGAUUCAAACCAUUUUAAAAAUUACAUCGCUCAGUUGUUUCAGGAACAAAAACUAUUAUUUUUAAAUACCUAUCUGUAGAUUUUUGUUGACACUGAUAAGUGUUCAUUUUCAGCUUACCGUUCUUUGUAUUCACUUUUCUUUUUUUCCAUUUUCAAAUUACUGGCAGGGAGUUCACACAGAGAUAAGGGAGGCUCGACAGGGGGUUCAGAGCACGUGGUCCCGCAUCCAGGUUUUGAGGAGAGUAGAGCAGCGGCAAGGGAAACUCAGCUUCAUCUAUUCAACAGGCAGUGUGGGGGCCAAAUAUGGCCCUGUUCAGUUCAAAUCUUGGGAGACAAAACAUUUUGCAGUGAAUUCCUAAAAACACUAAAGUACUCAUAGUUGUAUAGAGUAUCUUGGACCACAUAGCCUGAUCCUUGCAUCAACAUUUAAACUUUGCUAACAAACAUAAAACACUGGGGUCCAAACUUGGGAACUGAGGCGUUCCUCAAAACACUCCUUCUAGUCCUCUCCUUUUUGGCAGUUCCACUU